AUGUCGAGUGAGGACAAUGCGUCAGCGCCUAUGAACAAAAACAAGCGAUUCCGAAAGGAUAAGCCUUGGGAUACUGAUGACAUCGAUCACUGGAGGAUCGAUAAGUUUACGCAGGAAGACAACCCGCAUCCUUUCUUGGAAGAAAGCAGUUUUGCAACAUUGUUUCCCAAGUACCGUGAAAAGUACCUUCGUGAAAUUUGGGGACAUGUAACGACGGCUCUUGAAAAGCAUGGUGUAGCCUGUACGUUGGACUUGGUGGAAGGUUCCAUGUCAGUGCGGACGACGCGUAAGACCUUUGACCCAUAUAUCAUUCUUCGUGCCCGUGAUUUGAUCAAGCUUCUCAGUCGUAGCGUUCCCUUCACACAGGCCGUGAAGAUUCUACAGGACGAUAUGGCUUGUGAUGUGAUUAAGAUCGGCAAUAUCGUGCGCAACAAGGAGCGCUUUGUUAAGCGUCGUCAGCGUCUUAUCGGGCCUAAUGGCAAUACCCUUAAAGCGAUUGAACUGCUGACUGGCUGCUAUGUACUUGUUCAGGGUAAUACAGUCAGUGCUAUGGGAUCAUACAAGAGCUUGAAAGAAGUGCGUCGUAUUGUCUUGGACUGUAUGAAGAACAUCCAUCCUAUUUACCACAUUAAAGAGCUGAUGAUCAAGCGUGAGCUUGCGAAGGACCCGAAGCUGGCUACAGAAUCUUGGGAUCGUUUCCUGCCCAAGUUCAAGAAACAGAAUGUCAAGACAAAGAAGCCGAAGGAGACACCUAAGAAGAAGGAAUACACACCCUUCCCACCGCCACAGCAGCCUAGCAAGAUUGAUCUGCAGCUUGAGAGUGGUGAGUACUUCCUCAAGCCGCACGAGAAGAAGCGGAAUGAGCAUGCCAAGAAGCUUCAGGCGCAGGCCGAGCAUGCAGAGAAGCGUGAGCGUGAGCGUGAACAGAUGUUUAUUGCACCGGAGGAGCCUCUCCCAGGCCAAGACACCGCAAAGGAGAAGGAGAAGAAAGAGAAGAAAGGCAAGAAGGAGAAGAAAGAGAAAUCAGAGUCGAAGAAACGGAAACGCGAUAGUGAGUAG